AUGUGGAGUCAAUAUUUUGCAGUCUUUGCAUCUUGGGGAGCGACCAUGGCCGUGGGGCAAAUCGAGUUCGACAACGGUUUGCUAAACGGCACUUCAUGCGUUGCUCAAGAGCAAUUCGAGCAGUGUCGCCUCGACAUUCUGAACGAUUCUAGUUGUUUGGAUAAUCUGGAGCGAGGAAAUCCCUGCGUCUGCCAGAAGCGAGCAGAGAUGCUCAACUGUUUCGGGAGCUACUGCUGGAAUUUUAUUUAUGGAUGCGAAUAUCAGGAAACGAUUCGCCAGUUCAUGCUCGAUUGCUAUCCUGAUCCUGUCUCGAAGCUUGAAUCGGUACCAUUUCGGCCGGCACCUCCAGAAGGACCAGGUGUCUGCUCUUGCAAUCUUGAGUCCAUGGAACAGGAUUUAACGGAUGUCUCAUCUCAGUACGAUACAUGCAUCGAUAUCAGGAAGAGUGACUCGAAUACACAGGAAUGGGAUUGCUACUGUUGCUCAACAAGCAGAACUCUCUCAAUUCCGAUCGACGUAUGUCAAAAGUCUGAUAUUACAGAGAUCCAUUUGAAUGCCUCGGAUGUGUCGACCGAAUUUGGCGAGCUCUGGCUGAAUUGCGCACCUGUCCUGGAGCGAGUUGACUGCAAGAAGAUAGGCUACAAAGCCCUGCCGUCUGCAACCCUCUACCAGCCUUCGAAUCUUCCAUUACCUGGCACUGAGCCACUUUCAAAUCUCCCUGGUCAGAUGUUGACCCCAGUGAGUGGGUGGACGUACUCUUGGACUCUGGGGACGAAAGAGUAUGUCGUGAGUGCAUUUUCACCAUCUGGUACUGUCAUCAGCACUCCCACGGCCUCUGUUCCUGGAGGGGCAUCUUCAGGACCAAUUUCAUCGACAGGAAGCGCAGGUAUAGGACCUACUAGUACUGGAUCUGCAGCUCCAAGUACUACCAGCACAUCAUCAGGCUCAUUCAGGCACACGAGACCACUCAGAUCACAUGAUGAGCAGAUCAUGGUAAUCAUCAUUAGCCUCCUCCUGAUUGCCUUGUUGGUGAUGGCCGGCAUGUACUUCUAG